CAUGGCAUCAUCCUCCCUGUCAAUAUAAAGCGCCGGUUUCCUCGAGCUUCCGGUUCGGAGUUUUCUGUCCUUUCCUACUUUGAUCUGCGCGCCAGUGUUUGGCUUUCGAGACCUCAUCGGUUUUGUCUUUGUCCCCCUUUCCUUUUGCACCUACCUGGACGGAGUAUAAGCGCCCAUUCCAAGAAUCAUGGCGCGCCAGAAACAAACAGCGCCUUUGCAACGGGCCACGUCCUCGGAAUUGAUGCAUGUGCCGCCGGCUGAAUCGCCGUCUGAUAAAAAGAUGAACGGAAGUAGUGGGAAGUCUUCUGUCGCGAAUGGAAGCGCGUCCGGAAAGGGUGCGGAUGAGGCCGCGCAGGAGACUCCGGGCUUGAUGCAGCUUGCCAUCUGUGUCUUUGGCAUUUAUGCCGCGUUCCUUUCCUGGGGCGUUCUCCAAGAAGCCAUCACCACGGUGUCGUAUCCUGUCCACCCCCCGACUGCAGAAGUCCCCGAACCACCAACGGAGCGCUUCACCUACUCGAUCGUCCUGAACACCAUCCAGUCGACGUUCGCUGCCAUCACCGGCUUCUUGUACCUUUUCUUCUCGACUCCGUCCGGCCAGAAGAUCCCCUCGAUCUUCCCUACAAGACGCAUCCUCUUCCCUCUGCUCCUUGUCAGCAUCUCCUCGUCUCUCGCGUCGCCUUUCGGAUAUGCCAGUCUGGCGCACAUCGAUUACCUCACUUUCAUCCUUGCCAAGUCGUGCAAGCUGCUGCCGGUCAUGUUCCUGCACCUGACUAUCUUCCGGAAGAGAUACCCCUUGUAUAAGUACGGAGUGGUCCUCCUGGUCACCCUGGGAGUUGCCACCUUCACCCUGCACCACCCCGGAACAAGCAAGAAAGUCGCCGCAUCAGCUGCAAAGGGUCAGUCAGGCUCGAGCACGUGGGGAAUCUUCCUCCUUUCUAUCAACCUGCUCCUGGACGGCCUCACGAACACCACCCAGGACCACGUCUUCAGCUCUCCGCAGUUGUACACGCGCUUCACCGGGCCGCAAAUGAUGGUGGCCCAGAAUGUCCUUUCGACGUUCCUGACGAGCAGCUAUCUGUUGAUCAUGCCCCAUCUGUCCUCGACCGGCAUCCUGCACAAUAUUCUCCCCUUCCCCAUUCCCCCAUCCACCGAGACUGAGCUGAACUCCGCCAUCAGCUUCCUGUCCCGCCACCCGGAGGCCCUGAAGAACGUGCUCGGGUUCGCCGCGUGCGGUGCCAUCGGACAGCUCUUCAUCUUCUACACGCUGUCUCGCUUCUCGUCCUUGCUCCUGGUGACCGUGACCGUCACGCGCAAGAUGCUGACCAUGCUCCUGAGUGUUUUCUGGUUCGGCCACUCGCUCUCGGCCGGACAAUGGCUAGGCGUGGGUCUCGUCUUCGGGGGAAUUGGUGCCGAGGCCAUCGUUCAACGGCAAGAGAAGAAGGCCAAGGAGCGCGCGAAGGCGUCCAAAAAGCAGGAGUAGGGACAAUCCUCCACCUGAUCUGUAUUACUUCUGGAUAUGUACAUAGCUUU